AUGAGCUACGGUAUUGAGAGCACAAGGCUAAUCUUAGCUGUAUCAAUUGAACGAUUUCUGGUCAUAAAAUCGCCGCUACGCUCCCGUAUUUACUGGAAAACUCGUUCAAAAAUAUUACUCAUUGGAGGAAUUUUUUUGACUACAGGUAUUCUGACAUUUUAUCACCAUUUCGCAUACGACUGCCAGAUCUUCUAUAUGUGUAGCGGCCGACAGUUGGCUCAUGCAUGCUAUUCAGCAGCAGUGGAAGCCCAUCCCACUUCUUGGAUGGAUGGCACUGUUGUACAAAAUUCAUUUCCCAAACGUCUUUACAUACAAAUAAGCACGAUCAGCAAUGCUGUGAUGGUUGUAUUCAUGCCGAUGAUGGGGAUCAUCGUGCUAAACAUUAUGAUAAUCCACUGCUUGCACCAAAGUAGCCGCGUCUUGCGUAUCGAAGCGCCAGGCAGUCAUGGCUUCAAACACAUACAACUGGUCAUUUGUUUUCUUUGCUCUUCAGAACGGCGCAGCGAUGCCAAGGCAGCGGAUGGGAAGGAGUAG